AUUUGUAUACUCUGAAAUUAAACAACCUACCGCGAGCAUUACAAUUCAAAACCCUAGCUGCGCUGAAUGUAGAGUAGUGCGCACGGAAGAGAAGCCAAAUAUGGAUUCUUCAAAAUCACCAUCCGUUCCUCGCCUUUCCGAUCGAGAUCCACCAAUUUUGGUUCCAAUUCAGAGAGAGGCAGCAACUGAUCAAGACCUCAAACGCAAGGCAUUGGAAUAUAUUACCAACCUUCGAAUCUACUAUGAUGCACCUAGAGAUCCACCAAUUUCGAUUCCAAUUCGGAGAGAGGGAGAAAGUGAUCAAGACAUCAAAUGCGCUAAAUUGGCAUUGGAAUAUUAUAACAAGAGAAACGGGAAGAAGUAUGAACUUGUGGAGGCUGGGUAUAGUACUGUCUUUUUAUAUCGUGGCAUGUGGUUUCACUGCAACUUCAAGGCUAAGCCAUGCAGGAAUACUUGCGGAGAUGGGAAUGAGAAGGCCUCCACCAAAUCCUUCUUUGCUGAGCUUCGUGUGGAUUCUGAACUUGGAAGAAGAGUGGUUACUGCCUGUCGUAUUUUAAGAGGGAAACCUACUGGUGGUUGUCAGUUUUGCUACAAUAUUAUUGCUCAUCCUACCCAUGGAUUUCGUAUGGGCCUCUGCCGUGAUAAACUCCGGGCAUUGCGUUCUAAUCGUUCAAGUUUGGUGGAUGAUGGCUCUGGACAUAGCCUCGUCUGAUUUCUGGGAUGGCGUUGCUUGCAAGGAAAUCUUCUGAAUGUACUCUCUAUUUACCCAAUUGCAUCUUGAGAUUAUGCCAUCCAUCUGUAGCCAUCUCCAAAUAACAACACCUCUAAUGUCUCACUGAAAUCUCCUUUUGUAGGUGGAUGCUGGAGUUUUUUUUUAUUAUUAAUUUCAGAAAUUAGCAAUGACCUCCUUUCAGGUUUGAUAUACUAUCACUCACAUCCCUGCACUAUAAAAACUGCACUCUCAGUUAAUGAUGGCCAAGUAAAAAUAUAAAAAAUGAUCAAAAUGGACUUGAUUGAAAAAAUUCAACCAAAAGAACCAUGAUUUAAUAAAAUUACACCAUUAAAAGGGAACAAAAUUAAAAUUUGAAGGACUUUAUCUAAUUUCUCAAAAUAUAAAUUACAAGUUACUUAACCAUCAUCAAAUGAUAGAGUGGUAAGAGUACAUUUUUGAUACUGCAGGAGUGUGCGUUAUACUACAAAUGUACUAAACUUCAAGGGAGGUCAAUAAUAAUUUCCUUUUAUUUUUGUUCCUUGGGUGUUGUUGAUGUCAAUCACUUGGGUUCAAUUCCAAGGGCUUGGCUUCUAUAUUGUCCUAUUUUGCUACUUUGUUGAGGUUCUAAAAUGUUUAGUGACUUGCAUUUUAGACAAGACAUGUUUAUUUAUCUAAACAAAUUCUACCUUAACUUGUUACUACUAU